AUGAGGCUGAUGAGAUACAACUGCGAAGCAGAGUACACCCCUGGUAAGGACCUGGUUGUGGCCGAUGCACUUUCGCGAGCUCCUCUCCAGCGAGAUAAAGUGGCCGAACCAGAUGAAGAUCUUGAAGGCGAGAUCGAAGCACAUGUCCACUUGAUCACAACCCAGUGGCCAGCAUCUGAUGCAAAGCUGGUCGAAAUAGCCUUAGAGACCAGUCACGACCGUACCCUGAGUGCAGUCAUCACUCACGUCAAAGAUGGAUGGCCUAAGUACCAGAAGGAUGUCGACCCAGAGUUGAAACGGUUCUGGGAUGACCAAGACAAGAUCAGCCUAGUCGGUGGUAUCCUCACAUAUGGUGAGCGCAUUGUGAUUCCACACGACCUGAGACAACAAAUGUUGCAGAGAAUCCAUGAGGGUCAUCAAGGCGUCUCAAAAAGCCAACUUCGAGCCAAUCAAGCCUUGUGGUGGCCUGGUAUGAGUACUGACAUAGCCCAGUAUGUCCAGUCUUGCCCGCAUUGCCAGGAUAUGCAACCAUCGCAACGCGCCGAACCACUCAUUUCCACGCCACUCCCACGACUACAGAGACCAUGGCAGCAAUUGCCUGCUACCUAG